AUGGGGCAGCGACUCAGUUGCUGUGGCUGCGGGUCGCGGCUCCACAACUUUGAGUCCAACUACUGCAGUAUGAAGAACCUGCCACAAGUCGAAGACGAUAGCUGGAAAAAGUACAGCUCGUUCAACCUGCACAAAGCUGCCCUCCUUUCCGAAGACCAGUCGUAUGCACCGCCACGAUACGUGGGGCAGUUUUCUGCCGAGGCAGCAUGGGAGCUCUAA